AUGGCGACCAGCAGCAAGGCACACUCGCUCAAGGCGUUUUACGGACUUCAUAGCGAGACACAGGCAGAGAGUGCGCAGGCGACGGAGCCCAUACCGCCGCCGAAGCCUACGUUGCACGAGCUCACGACGACCAAGAACCUGCAUGACCUCAUGCAAAUGUCCGCCGGCAUGCUAGACGGGAUCCGUGACUUGUACGCCGAUCGGCAAAGCUUGGUCUACAAUCAUCACCAAGAACUUGUGGCGGCGAGCGAGACGGUCGGGCAUAUGCACAAAGGCAUCCAAGGCCUCGCGGCCAGUCGCGCCGCGUUGGCCGACCAAGUCGCCAAAGCCACGACGCAGCCACUCACCGAGUUGGAUACCGCGACACCGGCCUCGUCGCCGGGCAUGAUCGAUUGGGCGAAGGACGUGGAUGCUGUGGCGCAUACACCGCUCCGUCUCCGGCAGCUCAUGCACGCCAACGCUACGACGGAAGCGCAGACCGCGUACGAGGAAAGUGCGCCGGCGCUCGAGGCAUGGGCGCAUGCUGGCGUGGUCGGAGCGCAGGAUCUGCAGCGCGAAGCGCACGAGAUCGUUCGUCCGAUCUCUGCGACCACAUGA